AUGCAGGUAAGUUUUUCUUUGUUAUUCUAGGCAAUACAAUGAUUCUGGAACGACCUUCUGUAAAGUUGGUUUAUUGCUGUAAUUAGUGAUCUCUUACUCGCGACCUUUUUUUUCCUUCAGGAUGAGUAGCACCAGCUAGUGAUGAUCAUUAAACCCAAAAGAUGAACAAUAACUGCGCUAAAAAAUGCUGAACACCAAAAACCAUCAGUGCGAAGGUUUCAGAUGCAGUUCAUUCGCGAUUGGGCCGCCUCUUGCGUGGACCAGAACUUGCCGCCGUACGAUGCUCAAGAAAUCGGUCCGGCCAUUCGAAAAUGUGACACCGAACGUUGCAUCUUCCUCAUGUACAAAUACGUGGCUGACAACCGACCCGAAUAUUUCAAACUCUUUGAUAUUUGUUUUGAAACCAAUACGAGAAGUCAUAAAGUGUUCUGAGUGAUUUUGACAGCGUUUUUGGUGGAACAAAAAAUUUGAGAUGUUUCUUUUCUUUUUGAAAAUCGAAUCUCAAAGUUUGUGAGAUAACAUUGAAAUGAAAGAGAAGUUAAUAGGAAAUUAAAAAAAGUUAAUUUAAAUGCUGGUACUAUAAAGAGAGUACUAGAAAAAGUUUUCGUAAAUGGCUUUACUAAUAUUUCAUUUGUUAAUUUCAAGUUCAGCAAGAUAUUGAAUUUGAAAUCAUAGAAGAGGAGAAUCGUCGUUCCAGAAGCAUUCUCCGUACGAAAAAUGAUUCGAAAAGAAAGUAUUGAACUAAAAUAGUGAAAACUUGAAAUAUUUUUCAUCCACACAAAAAAAAAUCAAGGAUGUAGGAAUUUUGAGAUUUCACAUGAAACCGUGAUAAUUUUCAAAUAUACGUCUUUUGGGCUAUUUUUCACUGAUAUUUGAAAAGCGGUGAAAAUCAGAAGAUACGAGAAACAUGGCUACGAAUCCAGGUCACGUGGUGGAUCGCGUAGGUCUCCGCCGGAUCUCGGCGUUUUGCCCUGAAGACUCUCCAACAAUGCAACUAAUACUGCUGAUUUUUUCUGUUUUUCUCCUACCUGCGGUCGAUGCUUCGUGUAAGUUUUUUUUAUGCGCUUUUUUUAACUGAUAAGUCUUUCUGCAAGAAGUUAAUUUAUAAUUUCGUGCUGUACAACUUGCAGUUAUAAUGGACAGGACUUUCGUCAGCGUUAUAGGAAGAAAAUUUAUUUCAAAUUCAGUGACGCUCUUAUUUUUUUAUUUUCAUAAACUUAAAUCACACUUGAGGUGGUUGAGUUUUCCAUAAUUUAAAUAGAAAUCUAACUCUGUCUUCAAAUUAAUUUCUUCUUUCCUAUUUGCGCUUCUUUCCAAUUACAUUAAAAGUCAACUAGUUCUUGAAGAUACAUGUUUCAACUGACUUCAAAAACAGAUACUAACAUUUUGCAGUGCAAUGCUUCAAUGUUCAUCCAAGUCACGCAGUUUCAAACUCCGAUCCUAUUGUUGAACUUUUUGAUGUCACCGCUGGAGAAUGUCUGAACUAUUGCAUAUCAAAUGCGGCAUCCAUGGGGGUUUGAAUCAAAAGUUUUCAGUUUCAUUUUAGCUUGUUCGAUUUAGGAUGGCUGCUCUUCAGUUGUUUUUCAUAGAAAACACAACACUUGCCAGUUGUAUGGUCAUGAUGGUUCAUUUAAUGGUUUAAUCUACAAAUUGAGAACAUAAAUACACGAAAAAUUUCACAGGAGCCCAAGUCGUAUUCAUUGAAACUCACGACUUUUACAUUCGGAGCAGUUGGGAAGGAACAUGUCAGGAUAAAACAAGUUUGUUUAAUGUAUGUAUUAAUUAGCAUUUUUAUCAUCAAAGGUCCAAAACGUGGAUACAAACAACGCCCGAAGCAAUUUUCUUCCCCGACUUUUGGACAAUUCGAAAAUCCUCUUGCUAUUUCAAAAAAUUUUCAAGCGCAGAACAAUUCGAUCGAUUUGCAAUUGGUUCCGAAUGUGAGUUUUCUCUCUAAUUUUUCUGGAAAAUUUUCUUAAGUUCACGGAAAAUCAGUUCCCCACGAAAAAUGGAGAAUCGAUCCCUGAGCCUCAGCCAGCGUCUCUUGAGGCUCCUGAGAAAACAGAUAAAACAGCUUUUCGCAAUCCGACACACGAAAAUCGUAUCGUUAUUAUUUUCUUGAAACAGUUUAUCGAUAAUUUUUUAGAAUGUUCGAAAAAUGAGAAAGUGUCCUACUUCGUUCUGGAGGGCUAUCGGCUCUCGAGUGACGCCACGCCACAGCUUCUGAAUGGUGUUGAUCAGAGCAGCUGUAUUAUGUACUGCAGUCAGAACAUAGUUAGUCUUUUUUCUAUUUUUUAUUUAAAAAAAGUAAUUGGGCGCUGAUCGUAACUUCGUGAUUUUUAUCAUUCGACAGGAAAGCGGACAGUUUAAUUGAAAACUACCGGAUUGAUUUCACAGACUUCAAAACACAUCUAAGCUAACUUUGACAAAACUUCAAAUCUACGUUUUUUUUCUUCCAGAAAAAACGGAAUUCCCUGGUUUUCCGCCAUUACACCCUCAAAAGUCCAGCUGUCAAAUUAAAUUGCAAGUUUGCGCCUAUUUGAGUAUAGCAACUUCCAGAAUGCCAUCGGCAACGUAAUUCCUUGCUAUUCUGUCAACUUCGAGCCCACCAACGAAGUUUGCAAAUUGUACGGGAAACAACAAAGAGAACUGCAAAGUUGGGCACAAGUGGAACGAGACGAAGAAUACACCUUUGCUGACAAGUUUUGUCUGCAAAGUUUGACAAAAACAUCAGGAAAAGGAGAAAAAUGAUGGAUUGCAGCCAAGAAAGACUGCGCCAGUGAAUCAACAUACAUUGUUCAUUUGUACAAGCAAAUGCACAAAAAAAUCAUUUCUUACAUUCCUGGCCUAAACUCGAAAGUCGCUUGUUUGUCUGAAUGCAUCGAUGACAUCAAUUGCAUGGUGAAAUAUAAUUUCGGAGCGCUGAAAAUGAGAAAAGCAGUUUUAGGCAGUAACUUACAAGCCAGGACUGUGUAUUCUUCAUUCGGAAUCGCCUUCUACGGAUUCGACGGUUCUCGUUGAUGGCAGCGAAGAAACAAUGGUCAUCGAAAACGGAUGCCAGGCUUUUUCAGCUCCUCCUCCUCCUGCGGACAUUGAAGGUACUUAAAUAGUAUAAGUUGAAUCAUUUCUCUUGAUGUUUAACAAACGGAAAAAAAAAUUUUUGAAGGAAUUUUUCACUUUCGAAUCUUACAAUAUAGUCUGUGUGCCACGACUUGAUUUUGACGGAACGACAUUUCGCUGUUCCGCUGCGUGCGUUCGCGAAGCGUCUUUUGAAUCUAGGUCGCGCUUUCAACUGAUUGUUAUUGAUGCGGGAGCACAUGAAAGUAGAGUACCUUAAUGAAAGAAAAAAAAAAAUUAAAAGCGCAACCAAGGUUUGCAAAGGCGCGCUGCGGAACACCGGAAUGUCGCUCGGUGAAAUUCCAAGUCGCGGAACACAGGCUCUAUUUGCGAAAAUGUUUCUGCACUUUCCUUUACUGUCUUCUUUUGAAUUGACUCACCUCAUUUUCUUGCGAUCUUUUUAAAUUUCAUAUGAAGAUGUCUUCAGAAUCAGCAGAAGGCGGCCAGUGGCAAGAAUGGAGUCUCUGCCAGUAUGGAGUCAAAAACAAACGAGUAAGUUUUUUUUUUCAUCUUCCCGGCUAAUAAUAUUCACAUGAACGGUUCCAGAUGCGAGUUCGUCAGCGCGAUUGCGAUGACUGCGAAGAAAACCUUCAAAUGGAAAGAUGUUAA